ACCACACACCACACACACCACUCACUCACACAUUCACUUGCCAGGAGUCAGGUCCUGCUCAUGACUUGAGAGAAACAAGACUGUCAAUGACGGUGUGGCUCACUCCAGCCCCGUCUAGUCCAGAAGGAACGAUCUAAAACAUCUGUUCUGUCUUUCCUCCUCCUGCCUCUUUAAGAAAAAUGCCUCGCUCUUUUCUGGUCAAGAGCAAGAGGGUGGGGUCUCAUUCAUCACGCUCCGCCCACUCCCACACCUACCACGCUGACAGUCAACUCGGAGCCAUGUACGGGUCCAACAGGAGCAGCUCACCUGAAGCACUAGAGCUCAGCACAAAACUCCCAUCAGCUCCCAGUUACCCUGCCUCUCACCGGGUUGCCAUGGAAACCAGCCCAAACUCCGCCUCCCAUGUUGAGGACUGGGGUCUCUGGAGAACAGAUAAGGAGGCGGGUGAGAGUGAGCACCCCAUGGUGUCCACCCCGGUGUGGGCGCCGCCCCUGAGCCACACCCCCAGCUCUCAGAGGGAGCAGGAACUGGAGCGACUGGUGCAGGUGCUGCUGAGCCACAGACUGCAGGACAACUCCAACACUCCACUGUGCGAAUGUCCACUCUGUGAGAAGGUGCUGUCCUCAGCCAUGGGUUUAGUGACUCACCUGCGCAGGUCUCACAUCAACAGAGCUGCUGUUUCCCUGACUGGGUUUGGUUUCAACACACAGCAUCAUGAGCUCCGACCUCCUGCUAGCCUCUAUGGCAGGGCUAAAGAGCGCAGUUUUGUCUGUAAGGUGUGUGGGAAGGUGUUUAAACGCUCGUCAACUCUCUCCACUCACCUGCUGAUCCACUCCGACACUCGGCCUUACCCCUGUCAAUACUGCGGCAAGAGAUUCCAUCAGAAAUCUGACAUGAAGAAACACACCUUCAUACACACUGGUGAGAAGCCCCACGUGUGUGUGGUGUGUGGGAAGGCAUUCAGCCAGAGCUCCAACCUGAUCACUCAUAGCAGAAAGCACAGCAACUACAGACCGUUCCGCUGCCUACACUGCCCGCUUGGCUUCCAGAGGAAACUGGACCUGCAGCGCCACCUCGAGACGCACUGCAGCAACAACAGCAGCGGCAGCGACAGCAGUGGCGGCAGCACGGCCUUCCAGAGCAGCCUGAGUUAGCGCUCACUGAUAAAUAACCAAAACGCAAAACUGUGGUGCACAGAAAAUGUAUAUUGGUUUAAGAUCUUGUCUUGAAAUGCAUUUUUUUUAAACAGAUGUGUUCUUAAUGAAUAUGCAAAUAAAAA